UUUCCAUCCCCUCACUCAAAUCAGUGUUAUUUAGGACUGAAACAGAAAACAGACUGAAUAAUUGCAAGCCUUACAUCAUUUGAUUAAUCGGUGAAUUUUCAAAGUUUGAAAAUGAGACAGGAAUAAAGGAAAAAGCAGAAUCUGAAAAAGAAUAUUUGAAAUCAUUUAUCAAAUGUCUACGGCUUUUAUGGCCAGUGUAUCAGUGGCAAAUUUGAUAUUUUACUGACAGCAAACCUGGAUAUCUUUUCAUACUGGUGUUUGUUUAUUCUUUUCCUCUUUAUGAAAGAAACAACAUAAUCUGACAUUAUCCGAGCAUAACAUAUUUAAAAAAGAAUUACAUCUUGUCAGUCCAUAAAAACACAGAGAAGUGAAAAGAUUUAUUUAAAGAAAGAAGAAAAAAAUGAACCCAGAAAGUAUAUCUUCAAUUUUCGUGGUUUUGAUUGUCACAACAUCUAUUCAUCAAGUUUUGCCCCAUGGAAGAUUGAUGGACCCACCAGCAAGAAACAGUAUGUGGCGGUUCGGUUUUCCAAACCCUGUUAAUUAUAAUGACAACGAAUUAUAUUGUGGUGGGAAAAUGGUGCAGUGGAUGCAUAAUAAAGGAAAAUGUGGUGUUUGUGGAGAUCCUUGGCACGGUGUGCGACAUCAUGAAACAGGUGGCAAAUAUGCAAAUGGAAUAAUUUCCCGGAGUUAUACAGAGGGAGAUAACAUUAAAGUAGCAGUUCAUCUGACAGCAAACCAUUUAGGCUGGUUUGAAUUUCGAAUUUGUCCCACUAACAACCCUGAAACUGAAGUAACCCAGGCUUGUUUGGAUCAACACCUAUUGUACAGCUCUGAUGGACUCAAUUCCCGAUUUCGUGUAACAAAAGGGAAAAACAAUGUCUUCUUUAAUUUUACAAUAAAACUUCCUUUUGGACUUGUUUGUGAACAAUGUGUUUUCCAAUGGAAAUAUCGAACAGGAAAUACAUGGGACAAAGAUGAUAAAUCUGGUAUAUUCUGCCUUGGUUGUGGUCCCCAAGAAGAAUUUUACAAUUGUGCUGACAUCACAAUCGAACCACUUUCUGACCAAAAUGAUUACUCUUCCAUAUCUCGAAGGAAAGUAAAUAGUGAAACUAUAGAUGAGAAGGGCACUGUUGGAGUUAAAAUAACCUCAGAAACAAUACCAACUUUUAGACCAACAACAUCAGCUACGGAAUUAGAACAACCAAAAGGAAAUGUGAAAACACGCAAAGUUAAUUUAUUUGAUUGGGUUAAUCAACUAUCUCUUAAGAAUGGAAAAAAUCAAUAUCUCUUGAACAAAGAUGUGGGACACAAAAAUGCUGACAAAAGUAAAAAAAUUUUUAGGUACAAUUCUAAAAUAACACAAUCUACUCUAUCAUUACCAACUGAGAAAUCAAUUCCCAAACUAACCAGUCUUGCUGUACCACCAAACAGAAACUCUCACAGGAGAUUGAAAAUAAGUAAACCACGUGCUGACAUGUCAGCUGAAAAAAUUUAUUCCAAAAACAGAAAAUUGAUUGAGACAACAGCCUCUAUACCAACUGUGAUAUUACCAAAAAAAUCUUUUAAAAUGUUUACAAACCCAGUUUCUCCUGGGAAAAAUUGGUUUGUCAGAGAUCAUAAAAUUACUGCUCAAAGAUCUCCUGUUGCAACGGCAAUGCCAAAAGCUUUGUUAUCUUCCAAGCCAUGUCAUAAGCCAAAGACUGUGAGGAAACAAGUAAAUAAGGUAUCUCAAAUUGUUGCUUCGCCUGUUGGACGGUUUAACUUAGGUUGGUGGGGUGAACAUUAUUUCAAACCUCCAGCUACUUCAAGAAUUCCAGCAACAUGGCCUAUAAAGCCAGUUUUAAAAUGCCGUGCAAUUAUACUUUUAUCUGGUGGAAUGGAUGACUGGUGUUUUGUAAAUUGUAAUGCUAAUUACUGUCCAUCAAACUUGUGUCAAUGCCGACGAGAAUUAAGUUAUGCUCCUUUCUAUACAUCCAGUAACAACCAUGUGGUGGAACAAAGUUUAUCGUCACAUAUAGCAGAACCAAUACAUUUGCCAUUAACUAAUCGAUUGCCAAGCCUGUCAUCUCAAACAAAUGUUGCCCUCCCUCUUCACAACUCACAAUAUUCUCCAGGUGUGAACCGAUGUAAAGCAAUUGGCCUCCAUGCAGGAAAUGUUCACUUUAACCAAUGGUGCAAUCGUAACUGUUUCUCCUUUUGGUGUCCAUCAUCCCUUUGUCAUUGUAGAUAACUCUAAAAUAUUUUUGUUUCAUUGUUUUUAAAGACAUUCCAGUUGCUAUGUGUGUAUUUUUGUAUGUAUUUAUAAAUCUUUCCAAUGACAAUUGCAACUUGCUCAUAAACAACAUGCUGGAGCAAAGCAACAAGACAUUGUAACAUUUGUUCAGCAUCCAAUAGACACACUGUGGAGAAUAAGUGAUUGGAAACCAACUUUAUAGUUAUGGGAGUUUUUUUCUUUAAUUUUGAUUAGACAAAAAGUUAAUCGUCAAAGAAUUUGAAACUAAACUGAAACAAGUAUAUUACUGGUAUUUAUUACCUGGUAAUAUAAAAAGCAAAAUUAGCUGUGAGGGGGUACGAACUCAGAUACUGUCACAAAUCAUCUCAAACUAUAUACUGUAAAUGAUCUAGUCUGGUGCUCUACCAUUUGUACAAUGAUGGAUCAGUUUUGACAAUGAACAUUCAAUUGUUCAGUCAACUGAACUCUUUAAAUUAACAACGUUGUUGGAUAUUCUAUAAACAUGGGUUCUCUGAACAUGUAUUCUCAGGCCAAAUUAGCAUUACAUUGUAAGUAACAAGGCUGGACUUCUGAAAUACAGGGGUGUAAUCUAUUAACUGGACUUCUACAUAGUUUCAAUCUACUCAGUUUCACUCACAGGACAUCACACUAUGGGACUGAACCAAGGAUAUUGGGAUUGCAAAGCAAACUUCUUAAACCAUUUGACCUUGCCUGAAUCCACAGUAAACAACAGCUACAACAACAAUGGUUCCUUACUUAAGUACAAAGCCAGCAAUUUUGAAGGGUUGGGAUUGUAGUUUAUGCCAUUGGCUUCAGUACUUGACUGGCACUGUUUUUAUCAAUCUCAGAGCAAUGAAAGAUAAAAUUGACACCAGUGGAAUUUGAACUUAGAACAUAAAGAUUCAGAAGUGGGAACCAAUGAGGUGAUAGACUUGCCCUUGAACUUUGACAUCGGCGUAAAUUCAUGUUUAAGUAUCUUCUUAGAUGCAGUAAACAAUGUCAUUUGAAAUGCAGAUUUGUCUUGUCUGAUAUUGUUCAGAAAAUCCUUUGACUGGAUGGAAGUGCCUUCCAGAAGAUCCAUAAGAGGUUGAGGAGGAGCUGGUAGUGCUGGCAAUCUUACCUGACCGCCUGAGCAGCACAUACCAUUUGUUUCAUUUGAAAAAUUUUAAAGCUUUGCAGAAAUGACAAUUUGGACAGAAUUAUCAUUUUUAUAAGAAUGGGAUGGAUCAUAUCAGAAAACAGCUCCAUGAGUUGUGAAGAACGAAUUUGUACAUAGUUUGUUUCUAAGAGCUAUUCUAUUGGGCCUCUGUCUAAUCAUUAAAACAUUGAUUUAAUGAUCCAGCAUUAAGUGCUGCAGCAUGCAUUUGCUGAUCUUGGGAAAGUCUCAUCUCCAUUCUCUCUUCAGACUCUGUCUAAUGUCCAGCAGCAUCCCUUUGCUGAUCUUGAGAAAAUCUCAUCUUGCUUCUCUCUUCAAUUUUCUACAAUCAUCCUUGCUUUGUACUUGUUUCUGGACAGAUUAUGUCUUUUCUUUGGUGGCAUAUUUUUUAUAAUAUUGUAAACAAAAAAUUAUGAACAUAGAAAAAAAUUAUACAUUAAUCCCUAUUUUUGUAAGCAGUUGUAUGUAUGUAGUAUGUUUUUAUUUUUGUAUGCAGUAUAAAUUAACCAAAGAGGAGCAUAUGCAUGAACUGCUAAUUGAACAGUAAAUGUGUAUUUUUAUAUACCUUGGACCUGUCACCUUAUUGUUUUUUAUCAAGAGUUUCACUUCCUGACAUUCGUUAUGUCAGUCAACACAUCCACUGACACACCAUUCUGCUGUGGUGGCCCUAAAGAUGGAAAGUUUCCGAUGCGUAAUGUUGUUCACAUUAGAAUUAAAACUGAAAGAAUGACAGCAGUCGCCCAUGCAUACCAGCCCCACCUGGUAUGCAUGAAAUAAGAUAAAGUACUCAAGAAUACAUGUUAAAAAUUUGAAUGGACACAUCUAUCUAUCAAUCUAAUCUUUCUGGGGGUUUUUUUUUAUCCAUCUGUCUGUCUGUCUAAUCUAUCUUUCUAUCUAUCUGUCUGUCUGACCUAUCUUUCUAUUCUAUCUUUCUAUUUGUCUGUCUGUCUGUCUAAUCUAUCUUCAUAUACUAUCUAUCCAUCCCUCUAUUUAUCUAUAUGUCUGUCUGUCUGAUGAUAUAGAAAAUUCAGGUAAACAUUGAAUAAAUAAAUGAAUUGUAGACAAAAGCAGCUUCAAUUAAUAAAUACUCUAUUUUUAAUGUUGAAUAGAUUGAUCUGGAUGGCUCAAUAACAAAGAAGUUGUUAGAAAGCUGAAGUUCCAUUCAGAGUGUUCAGUGCCAUUUACUAAAAAUAGCUCUGAUUUAACAUAAAAUAUUUAGAGCAUAAAUCAUCAUGGUAACAAGAAUAAGAAACAAGAAUAAGAAACAAAAUAUGACACAAAUAUAGGAUAAACUGUCUGUGUGGCUAUGUAUAUUAUCCUAAGGAGAGGUUGAGAAUCAGUAUGUCACACACUGCUGCACACAAUAAAAUCAGCUGACUGCAACAAGAACUCAUGUCAAGAACGAGAAAUUAGACACUUAGCUACAAUACAACAGUAUAGCUGAAGGCAAUAGGAUAGAAGGAAUGCCUUUAUCACCAUCAAGGACCAAACUUUGCUUCUAACCCCAAGUGCCACCUGAUCCACUUGGCCAAAUUGGAGAUUGGUUUGGCAAGCAAACACAAACCAAGAAAAAUCAUCAACAACAUAAGGCAGUGGGGGAGGAGGGGCUUCCAAUCUCACCUUAGGGCAUAAUACUAACGAAGUGAUUUCAUGGUUUAAAUGCAACCAGAGUAGAGGCAGGAAAAGGUUCACCCAACUCAAUCGCUUUUUACCCAUCUAUUUUGAAAGGGCUACUGGUCAAGGCACUUGCUUUCAUUGAUGUAAUUAUGCAUGCCAGGAAAAUAUUGCUGUUUAAUAAAUGUUUGACCUGGGUCAAACAAACUGACCCAGUAGGCUCCUCUCAUUUGGUGACGGGAGCUGGAGACAGCACGGAUAUCUGCAAUUUUAUAGGACUGUAUAUACAAGAACACCUUAAAGAAGAGGUUCUCAUCAGUCCUCUUUGACCUGUACAGAGAUAACGCAAUGGCUCUCUCUAGAGGAACUAAUAGGUAUACCUUUGAUAGGAUUAGAAAGGACCUAAUUAGCACCCUUAGUUCCAUGGGGCUCAAGAUAAUAAUUAAUACCCACCUCACCACUGUAAACUUUUUAGAUAUUAUGUUAGACCUAGACAGGUCCUACUACAAACCAAACAAGAGAUUGUCCUAUAUCAACACAGUCUCUUGCCACCUGUCUAACAUGUUCAGGAACCUAGUGAAGGGUGUCAGUAGAAAAAUCUUGUACCUGUCCACAAAUCAGGUUAUUUUUGAUGUCACAGCCUCCAAUUACAGUGAGGCUCUGGCAUCCAGUGAGUUUAAGGACUGCAUCUAUAUGCCAAGCCCUGGCACACAUGAAAGGAAACACCACUGUCAUUUGGUUCACUCCACCCUUUUCUCCCAACAUUAAGAUUGGCAUGGGAAGAAUUUUCCUUAGAUUGGUGGACAAACACUUCACACUGUCACACACAUACAGACGUUUGUUUGAGAGACAUAACUUUUAGUUGCGCACCCAAAUUUUAGAGAGCACCUUUAAGCUGUGAGCAGAGGCACGAUGCUCAUGUAGGGAGUACAAUGACUACCCAGUAGAGGGUCGAUGCGAAAUGAAGGGGGUUAUGUAUGAGGCUGUGGUGCUGACCAACAUUGGGAGUCAGAGCAACAACAGCAGCAAUGGUGACAACAUUGAUAGCAUUCAUGACAGUGGCAGAAGCAACACAUCAAGAAGCAGAAGAACAAUACCAACAGUUAUGACAGCAGAAACAACACCGACAUUGCAACCAGAAAUGGUGACAAUGCCAGCGACAGUGAAACCACCAGGAUCAGGUCCAGGAACAACAGUAUCGACAACAACAGUGACACCAGACCUGGAGUUAAUGAAAGAAACAUUAGUAGUGAUAUCACAUUCAGUGCACAGACACAGAAAUAUAUUGGUUCAACCAGGGGCCCUUUUAAGCAACAUCUGAAUAACCGUAGGUCCUCUUUUAAGAUACCGGAAAGGCACAACAUCACAUCCCUGAUCAGCCACAUAUUGUACUUAAAAGAGAAAGAAACCCCUACAUAAUUAAAUGAAAGCUCCUUUAGCAACUGGGAACUUAUAUAAACAGGAGCAAACAAUGUAAGUGUUGCUUGGCAGAGAGAACCAGGAUCCUAAAAAACUCACUUGAUCCAGGGACCAUUUUAAACUCCAGGAAAGAGGUAUUCAGUUAAUGCUCUCAUGUAAGGUAACACACACCACCCAACCAACCAGCCUCAGAGCCAAUACAUACAUACAUACAUACAUAUAUUCAUUUAUUAUUUUUACUUGUUUCAGUCAUUUGACUGCAGCCAUACUGGAGUACAACCUUAAACGAUUUUAAUCUAAGAAAUCGAUCCCACAAGGACUUAUUCUUUGUAAGCCUAGUACUUAUUGUAUUGACCACCCUUGAAGAACCGCUAAGUUAUGUUGAUGUAAACACACCAACAUUGGUUGUCAAGCAAUGGUGGGGUAACAAACACAGGCACA